AUGGCAAGCCUACGAAAAACCCACCCACUCAUAAAAAUCGCCAACGACGCACUAGUCGACCUCCCAGCCCCUUCUAACAUUUCAGUUUGAUGAAACUUCGGCUCACUUUUAGGGAUGUGUUUAGCGGCACAAAUUUUAACAGGACUAUUCCUGGCUAUACACUACACUUCUGAUAUCGCAACGGCAUUCUCUUCUGUCGUCCACAUUUGCCGUGACGUAAACUAUGGAUGACUAAUCCGGAGCAUGCACGCAAACGGAGCAUCAUUCUUCUUCAUCUGCAUUUACGCCCACAUUGGCCGAGGACUUUACUACGGCUCAUACGUUUACAAGGAGACAUGAACCAUUGGAGUAAUCCUUCUCCUUCUUGUUAUAAUGACUGCCUUUGUAGGCUACGUUCUCCCCUGAGGACAAAUAUCUUUCUGAGGGGCCACAGUAAUUACCAACUUGUUAUCUGCCGUCCCAUAUGUGGGAGGCGCACUAGUAGAAUGAAUCUGAGGGGGCUUCUCCGUAGAUAGUGCCACUCUAACCCGAUUCUUCGCAUUCCACUUCCUAUUUCCCUUCGUAAUUGCAGGAGCCACAAUCCUCCACCUCUUAUUCCUACACGAAACAGGAUCAAAUAACCCGGCUGGUCUUAACUCAGACGCUGACAAAAUUUUAUUCCACCCAUACUUCUCCUACAAAGACCUUCUGGGUUUUGCAGCUUUACUACUAGCGCUAAUCUCGUUAGCCCUCUUUUCACCUAACUUGCUAGGAGACCCAGAUAAUUUCACGCCCGCCAACCCCAUGGUCACCCCACCCCACAUUAAACCAGAGUGAUACUUCCUGUUUGCCUACGCCAUCCUACGUUCAAUCCCCAACAAGCUAGGUGGAGUAUUAGCCCUUCUAUUCUCCAUUUUAGUACUAUUAGUAAUUCCCACCCUGCAUACCUCAAAGCAUCGAGGACUAACAUUCCGACCCAUUACACAGUUCCUAUUCUGAGCUUUAGUACUAGACGUUGUUGUCUUAACAUGAAUUGGAGGAAUACCAGUAGAGCACCCCUACGUCAUUGCCGGACAAGUGGCCUCAGCAGCCUACUUCUCUCUGUUCUUAAUUCUUACCCCACUAGCCGGGUGAGCAGAGAACAAAGUCCUAGAAUGAAACU